AUUCCCUUGUGAAUCACCUGCCAAUGCGCACUUCCGGUGCGAGAGCGUCACGUAAUAAGCGCGUGACAUCUGCGUGAGUCUACGUGGCGUGGCCGCUUAGCAUCUGCCACGCAGCCAACACGAAGGGACGCUCGCGAACCUGCCUCGAAACAGCUUGCUAUACUAUUGAAUCUGACACGAAUACGCCACAAAAAAAUUCAGAAAACAAUCUUCGAAGGGUUGAUAAGGCGUUAUAACGUGAAACUCGAGAGUUUGGUUCAAGUCGGAACGCGGAAGUUUGCAGUAUGGAUCACCCAGAUAGCUUUUCCCCCGAACGAUUCGCCGCCAUCUUGGAGAAUCAGCGUGCGAUUAUGGUGAAUCAAUCAACAAUCCUUCAUAACCAGAACAAAAUAAUGCGAGGGGUAGAGCAAAUAUUACUAGCCCUGCCAAGCUCGCAGAACAAUACUUCUGCACCGUCUACACAGAACACAGUCAGUUUAGCCUCGCAAGUUCAUCAUUUAGCGAGUGUUCAACCCGCUCUUCCACACGUCCCCGAACCGCCUCGAGUGGAACAAGCGUCGCUUACUCAAAUCACCAUUACCCCCGCGCAGACCAAGCUAUCUGGGCUACAACAAACACACACACGCGUGGAGUCCCAACUACCUACGUGUACUGUGACAACGGUACCUGUUAUCCCACCGAUCUCGCAAAAUCCGCUCCCGAGUCCGACCCUUGUCACGGUUCACCCAGCGCCCGUUCCAAUACCAAUAACAAAUGCGAACUCCUCCCCCGACUCUUCAGACGACGAGCGACCGCAGUUUGCAUCGCGUUCGGCUGUCAUGCAGAUAAAAUGCAAAAGCUGUUCUAUAGGAAACUUCUCUGUUCAACUCUUGCGGUAUAUUUUCCAAGGCGAGGAACUUUCUAACAAGAACUGCUCCGGCACACGCGGAAAAGAACAAAUCGACCCUGUCAAAUUACAAUUUAUCAAACAGACGGUUUACGAACAUUAUAAUAUCCCAAGCGAAGAGAAGGCCACAACCUGGAGGCAUUGUAUUCGAGCAAUGGACGAAUUUUUACGGCGACCAAAAAAGGAACGCAAAUAUAUGAAAGACAAUAGUCCGCCUACAUUAGUUGGGUUAGGAAUGGAAUCAAAAUUAGGGAACUUUCGUUCUGACGACCAAGAACAGGAUUUUAGCCGGGUGCGCAACGAGAACUUCCCACAGACAAACGCGCAGGCGAAAUUAUUCUGAAUUAUGAUAACACCCUAUUUUUCUAUAAUAAUACUCAAGAAAUCCUCUCAACGCGCGCGUUAUGAGUUUUUUUCUGUUGCAGAAACUUUAUGAUUUUUUCCUGUCACGGAAAUUUUCCCGGGGUUUUAAAUUUAUGUGUUUUUUUUAAUUUUCAAAAAUAUAAUUUAAAUUUGAAUUAAAUAUAAAUUUUUGUCGAGAGAAGACUGGGUUCAUACGACUGGGUUCAGACGUCUAAGUUAAUAUUAAAAUUGUUUGAAUUAUGUGGUAUAUUGUAGAAAAAAUAAUAAAUGAAAAAACGAACAAACAAAAAAA